CAAUGCUCGCCCACGUUAUUGCUUCUUGCGACCUCCACGACCUCUUCUCUCCUUCACAUGCCUUUGACGAUCUCCUCCUCUACUGUGUCGCGACCCCAUCGUGAUUUCCUCCUCUUCUAAGUUGUCGUUGAACCCAUCAAUGGAUGCCACUAGCAAGCUCUUGUCGUGAUCCCUCUUUUCCCCAGUCAACGUCGAACUUGUCAAUGCCCAACGAGCUACCGUCACAUUCUCUUACAUGCCGAUGCCAGAGACUACCGAGCUCUGAUGCCGUCAAAUUCCCUGACAUCCCGCUGGCAACCAUCUCGUGCCCUAGCAUAGGUGCUGAUUUCGGUAUUGGCUUGUGGGGGCCUGUGGUGUAACCAAAACGAAAGUGGGCUUAGUUUGAAACAUGGUACCGACAAGCAAAGCCGAAAGAAAAGCAGCGUUAGAUGUCGCCUCGUGGAUGUUCAAUGUUGUAACUUCAGUGGGGAUCAUUAUGGUUAAUAAAGCCUUAAUGGCUACUUAUGGUUUUAGCUUCGCAACAACAUUGACUGGUCUGCAUUUUGCUACAACGACCAUUAUAACUGUAGUGCUUAGGUGGUUGGGAUAUGUUCAACCUUCUCACUUGCCAGUACCAGAACUCUUAAAAUUUGCCUUUUUUGCAAACCUAUCUAUUGUUGGAAUGAAUGUUAGUUUGAUGUGGAAUUCAGUGGGAUUUUAUCAGAUUGCAAAGCUCUGUAUGAUCCCUGUGUCAUGUUUUCUAGAGGUUCUUUUCGAUAAGGUUCGUUAUUCCAGAGACACAAAGCUCAGCAUUGUGGUGGUUCUCUUAGGUGUUGCAGUCUGUACAGUCACUGACGUGAGUGUUAAUGCCAAAGGUCUAAUAGCUGCUGUUAUAGCAGUUUGGAGCACAGCCUUACAACAAUAUUAUGUGCAUUUUCUUCAACGGAAGUACUCUCUCGGAUCAUUCAAUCUGUUGGGCCACACUGCUCCUGCACAGGCAGCAUCUCUGUUGCUUCUUGGCCCUUUUAUAGAUUACUUACUAACCACAAAAAAGGUUUAUGCCUUUGACUACAAUGUAAUCUCAGUGUUCUUCAUCACCUUGUCAUGCUUAAUCGCCAUAGGUACCAAUUUGAGUCAGUUCAUCUGCAUAGGUAGAUUCACUGCAGUGUCCUUCCAGGUUCUUGGUCAUAUGAAGACCAUUCUUGUCUUGUUUUUGGGAUUCUUUUUAUUUGGAAGAGAAGGCCUCAAUCUUCAGGUUGUUCUUGGGAUGAUAUUAGCAGUUGCAGGAAUGAUUUGGUAUGGAAAUGCAUCAUCAAAACCGGGCGGUAAAGAGCGGCGAACGCCGACCGAUAAAUCUCAUAAGAAUAGAUCAUUAUCGGAUUCCGAACAGCUUGAUGAGAAGGUUUAGAUUACUUUCACAGGCAGGCUUUAGAUAUCUUUCCCUUUGCUGAGAUCAUUAAUAGGAAGAAUACUUCAAAUUCAACUAGGUUUAGUUUUUUCUUUCUUUAUAAGUUUUUUUUUUAUUAAUUUUUAUUUGGAGGCAUUCAUUAGGAUUGAAGCAUCCCUGAAAUUAAAUGCUAAGUUCCAUUGAUGAUCAUAGUUAUUUAUUGCCUUGAAAUAAUUUGUUUUACAAAUAAAUUUUGUUGUUUAGUGUUGUGAAUUGAUCAUUUGCCUUGAGAUGUGAGAUGAAGUUCUUUGUUUGGCAAA